AUGUUCAAACUUCCCAUCCUGCUGGGUGUCCCUCCAAAGGUACCUGAGACGACAGAAUUGUCUUCAUUCCAGCAGAAGACCCUAGAUCAGCCUGCUUCCGAGGGUAGUGCUAUACUACUACAGCAGACUAUAGCUCCUCCACAGCACCCUGAGGAGAAUUAUCUAAAUUCAGUACCAAUUCACGGUGAGGAACCAACCUACACUGACGUCACAGUUCCACCUUUGAGUCUGGAGCUCACCGUAACACCAGAAACUACUGUGGAGGCUAAAAAUUCUAUAGCCUUGACAUACACUGCAGCUCCUUCAAUGAACCCUGAGGUGACAUUUCCACAUCCAGAGGCUAUUCAGGCUCGGCAACCAAGUUUGACCGAAGUCACAGUGCAACCUUUGGAUCUGGAGCUCACCCUAACACAGGAAACUACUAUGGAGGCUGAACAUCAUACAACCCUGAAGAAGACUACAUUUCCUCCAAAGCAGCCAGAGGUAACAUUUCCACAUCCAGAGCCUGUUCAAGCUCAGCAACCAACCUUCUCUAUCACAGUUGCACCUUUGGACCUGGAGCUCACUGUAACUCCAGGACCUGCUGUGGAAGCUCAACAUCCUACACCCCUACAGCAAACUGCAGCUCUUCCAAGGCAUCUUCCAGUGACAUUUCCACAACCAGAGCCUGUUCAGGCUCAGCCACACAUAUUCUCUGAUGUCAGACUUCCCCCUGUGGUCCUGCAGCUCACCCUACGACGAGAAGCUGCUGAGGAGGCUGAACAUCACACAACCCUGAAGAGGACCACACCUCCUCCCAAGCAGGCAGAGGUGACAUUUCCACAUCCAGAGCCUAGUCAUGCUCAGCAAACCACCUUCUCUGAGGUCAGAGUUGCACCUUUGAACCCACAGCUCACUGUAACUCCAGAACCUCCUGUGGAGGCUGAACACGCUAGAGCCCUGCAGCAGACUGCAGCUCCUCCCAAGCACCCUCUGGUGACAUUUCUCGUUCAGGAUCAGCUGCCAACCCUAACGGAAGUCACAGGUCACGGUGCACAGCUGGAGUUCAUCAGAACUCAGCAACCAGAGACAUCUGAGUCAGGGGCCCCAGUGAGUGAACAGAAUGCCGUCAUGAACAUCUGCGAGCUCUGCACCUGCAGCAACGAGACGCUGUCGUGUACGGGUCUCAGCCCGAAGCAGAGGCUCCACAGGGUGCCUGUGCUGUACCCACAAACCCACAAUGGCUCCUUCACCCUCUUAAAUUUCAAAGGAAACUCGAUUUCUUACAUCGACAGAGAUUCCUGGGAGUCAUACCGGUGGGUGGAGAAACUAAUCCUCAGUGAGAAUUACUUGACUGAAUUGCACAAGGAUUCAUUUGAAGGCCUGCUAUCCCUCCAGUACUUAGACUUAUCCUCCAAUAAAAUACAGCUUAUCGAAAGGAAUACAUUUGAAUCCAUGCCUUUUUUGCAACAGAUAAAUCUUCAUAACAAUCUAAUCGCUAACUUGAGAUUUGGAACGUUUCAGGCCUGGCAUGGAAUGCAGUUUUUACACAGGUUAAUUCUCAGUCACAAUCCACUGACCACUGUUGAGGAUUCGUAUCUUUUUAAAUUGCCAGCAUUAAGAUAUUUAGACAUGGGAACAACGCAAGUGUCCCUCAUAACAGUUGAGAGCAUCCUCCUGAUGGCCCUUAAAUUGCGAAAACUGAUCCUACCUAGCCAUCUGGCCUGCUGCCUCUGCCAGUUCAAAAGCAGUAUUGAGGGUGUCAGCAAGACAGUCAAACUGCACUGUGACAGUGACUGUCUGACACACACACAGUGUGAUGAAGAACUGUACUUAGGAAAGGCGGAAGGCUCUCUCAUGACAGUUUUACAAGGCCGGGAGAAGCGCAACAGCCCUGAGCUGACCAUUGAGCCAGAGAGGGCGUCCCCAGGAGAAGAAAAUGGUGGCAGCUUAUCAGCCUUCAUGAACCUCCUGAUGAAGCUCCUCACUGCACAAGAGGAGGUUAAGGUCAAGGCAGACUGGGACACAGAUCACUGGGGAGAUGAGAGGACCGAGGCCCAGGGUGAAGAUGAAGAACAGGAGUCACGUGAGUUCAGGGCACAAGUCCCAGGCUACGGGUAUAAGAACAAACUCAUCUUGGCAGCCCCUGUGAUUGCAGUAGCAUCAAUUUUCUUGGUCAUUUUCUGUCUCAUGCCGGUGUCCAGUCACCGUCCAGCUUCAGGCAUGUCUUGCAGUUGGUGCCCGGGGCCACUGCUCACUGGCCUGCACAGGGCUCCAUUGGCACACCAGCUGCUGACCACUGCCACGCCCCACCAGGGGAGGGGAAAGAAACGACCACAUUUUGGUUCCAAACUCACUCAGUUUCUAAAGAUCUGA